UGAGUUUGCAGUGGCAUUUACAUUUUGAGUUUGUGACAAGUACAACUGAUAUUAAGGGACCAUCCCCACCCAGUGAGAAGGAACAAGUAGAGUGGCGGGCACCGAGCACCCUCGACAUUGAGACCAUGGUAUGGGACCUUCCUGUUACCAUCCUGCCCACUACCCCAAGCCAAGUUGCUCAGGCUGUGUGUAUGCCCGCACAACACACCCUCCUCCUCUGAUGAAUAUUCAGUUAUUCAAGAUGAGCUUCCUAUAUUCAGUUAUCUCAGUGCCAUUCUUCUGGGAUGCAACUGAGCAAAUCUCUUCACAACUGCAACCACAUCCACCUCUCUGUUAUAGUGGACAUGAAGCAGUGCCAGGCCUGUGAGUCUGUUCUCCACCAUGGUGCUGCGGGUGUAAGUGUUUAGUUUUUUGGCGCAGAUACGCACCUCUCACAUUCUGAUGUGGUGAUGGGAAGGAUGCAUAAUACAAUGGGCCAUUUUAUAGUUAUCAUCAUACCUGUUGCUAUGGAGUGUGUAACUGAGGUCUGUUGGGUCCCAAAAGACUGGAAACGGUGUAGUGGAAAGCUGAUAUGACUUGGUGUUAGUGGUGCAUUUUUUGCCCAUUGUUUACGUUUUGAAAUUUUUUGGAGACAGCAAAUUACAGUGCCUAGAAAAAUAAAUAUUUGUUUGUUGAGUGAAUUUUUUAAGACUAUUGAGUUUAUAGAAGGUAAUAUAUAUGGGUAUUGGAUGUUUUGGUGCAGGAAAAUAAUUUUGACGGUGCUUUGAAUAACUUGUUUGCUUAAAAAAAUAGCUAAUCUUUAAACUCCUGUGGCACAGACUUCUGGUAUGGUCAGGUGGUCGCUGUGAACACUACGUAUUUUCUCGUCAUUCUACUGUUCUUGGCUGGCUGCAGAACUUCAAUCAAACUCAUAAUUAUUUUACAUUUUUUUUAAGAAAGGAUAGACAGAAAAAAUUUCAGUUUCAAACUUUUAUUAGUCACAGCAUAUUAAUUUACUUCAUUACUAUUUAAAUACUUAGAGGAGACCUUCAAAUACUUCAGUGUACCUUCAGAUCUCAAUAAAGUUGUUUACCUGA